AACAAUGGAUUGGUUAUUGUUGGCAUUCAAUAUUCAGUCGCUCUUCAUUUUUUCACUUCAAACAAAAUGAAUUGGCAACGGAUUUUACGAAUUAGUAAUUAUUUCCUACUACUCACCGGUUUUCAGUUGCACUGCUUUGAGCCAAGAACCCAGCGUUAUCAUCUUUCUAUUUGGGGUAUUGUAAAUUUCAUAGUCCUCACACUUUUCUAUACCAUCUGCGUGAAUCAGCAUUUCAUAAAUUCGCCGCUACUAAAAAUCUUUCACGAUGUGUCACCUUUUUUCUGGCACCUGAUACGCGUUCAAUUAAUGUUGGGAUUAAAGAUUUACAUUUUUCGAAUUUUUACAAUGGCUGAAGUUGGGCGCGCAUGCAAUAGUAUUGCACGCUUAUCCUCUCGGCCGUUUGCGCUUAAAUUCAGUAUGGAAGAGGCAUUCGCGUAUUUUUUAAUUUUUUCAACAUUUCUUAUUUCACUUUGCUUUGCUUUGUAUAUUGCUUAUGAAAUGGAAUUCAAACUACCGCCGUGGGAUAAUAUUUUCAUAAGUUUUGCGCUAUUCAUACCACAUUUUGCUGUGGCUGGAGCUUUGAAGCUCUACACAAUUAAUUGCUGGUUCCUCCGCGAGAAUUUAAGACACUUGAAAACGGACGUCGAGGAUAUACUAGGAAUGGAACAAUUAGUAACUGGCGAGAAAAGUGCCGAUGAUAAGAUUGAAAUGGAUGUUAAUAUUAGUGCAACAAACACUUAUGUAAUAAAGCCAGCAAGUGACAUUUUAAAGCAGUUGGAGGUGCACCAGAAUAAAAUUGAGCAAUUGGCUGACAAUGUACAGCUUGCAAGUGUUGCAUUGGAAAAGGAAUUGUUGUUGUUGUUGUUGAUGAACAGCUCAUGCUUAUUGGCUGGUGUUUAUUCGCUCGUCUACUUCAAAACUAGUUGGCAUUUGUUUUUCUCCCCAUCCUGGAAGCGAAUUUUCUACGCUGCCAACAUUGCUAUUUACGUACUAAUCUUCUGGGAUUAUUUGUGUUUGUGUACAAGCGUUAGCUUUUACAAUAAAGUUAAAUUGCAAAUACUUGAGCGCAUUCAAGUGACUUUGAAGUCUGGAAAUAUGAUGGAGAAGCGUGCUCGAGCUGCACUUAAGGCUAUACGAGAUGUGUUAACGCUUGAGCUUAGAUUGAGACUGUGGAACGGUGUUAAAGUAAACGCCACAAACUUGUUGAUGGUACACAUCCUCCUGGGAUUAACUAUAUCGGUAGUUGUGAUGUAUCAAUAUAUAAAUGAUCAAAUUAUUUCCAUAGUCACACGUUUGGACAGCGCCGAAAGCGGUGAUUACUAAUUUAUGCUAACACAAUUCAACUGAGGAAAAUCAGGGAGUAUAACUAUUCAUGACCUCGCCCCAUUUAGUUUGAGCGCCAGUUUGACACCGGAUUAAACUUGGAUUUAACUGAGCACUUAAAAUA